UUCACCUUCACCUUCCCAGCUAUAACCUCCCCUAAAUCGCUUUACCCAAUUCUCCUGCACCUAUAAAUCCGAAUCUACUUUUUCUUCUAACUCCGCACUUAUCUCUAACAACAAAGACAAAUAUUCAGAUAAUCUCGCCAUUUUUUUCUCUGCACAUAUUUUAAAACAAUUUCUACCUAGAUUUUUUGAAUUUGAUUUGUUAGAUUUAGAAAAUGGAGAAUCUUACCUUGACUGGAUUGCUGAAGAAAUCUGCAGCAGAAUUCCCUAAUAGUCGUGCUCUUUCGGUUUCUGGUAAGCUUGAUUUGACUCACGCUGAAUUGCAAGAUCUUAUUGAUCAUGCCGCUUCUCUCCUUGUCGCCGCCGGUGUCGCUCCUGGUGAUGUCGUUGCACUCACUUUCCCCAACACCGUCGAGUACGUUAUUAUGUUUUUGGCCGUCAUAAGGUGCCGAGCCACCGCCGCGCCGUUAAACCCCGCUUACACAGCUGAGGAGUUCGAGUUCUACUUGUCCGACUCCGAAUCAAAGCUCCUCAUUACAUCACAAGUAGGAAUCCAAUCGGCUCAAGCCGCCGCUUCCAAACUCAAAAUUCCUCACGUGGCUGCCACGCUCGACGUAGAAACCAAAGCAAUAUCCCUGUCCUCGUUAAAUACAGAGUCAAAGUUUGACUCCGUCGCCGAAAUCGUAAAUGACUCGUCUGACGUGGCUCUCUUCCUCCACACUUCUGGGACGACCAGUCGGCCCAAAGGCGUGCCUUUGACUCAGCUUAAUCUCGCCUCCUCGGUUUUGAACAUCAAAUCUGUGUACAGACUCUCUGAGUCUGACUCGACUGUUCUGGUGUUGCCUUUGUUUCACGUUCAUGGCUUGCUCGCCGGACUCCUGAGCUCACUCAUAUCUGGAGCCUCCGUGGCUCUUCCAGCUGCAGGGAGAUUCUCGGCGUCGACUUUCUGGCAAGACAUGAUUAUAUAUAACGCCACGUGGUACACUGCUGUACCUACAAUUCAUCAAAUCAUACUCGACCGUCACGUGAGCAAGCCAGAGCCGGCUUACCCUGAGCUAAGGUUUAUUAGGAGCUGCAGCGCGUCAUUGGCGCCGUCUAUAUUGGAUCGGCUUGAGGAGGCGUUUGGAGCGCCAGUGUUGGAAGCUUAUGCGAUGACGGAGGCAUCUCAUUUGAUGGCUUCUAACCCGUUACCCGAAGAUGGUGGGCACAAAUCCGGGUCGGUUGGGAAACCCGUGGGUCAAGAAAUGGCGAUUUUGGAUGAAAAUGGAGUGGUGCAGCCGGCUGGCGUUAGUGGAGAAGUAUGUAUUAGAGGAGCGAACGUGACAAAAGGGUAUAAGAAUAAUUCUGAGGCUAAUAAAUCCGCAUUUCAAUUCGGAUGGUUCCAUACUGGUGAUGUCGGAUUUUUCGACUCAGAAGGGUACUUGCGUCUAGUGGGUCGCAUCAAGGAGCUGAUCAACCGUGGAGGAGAGAAAAUAUCGCCUAUUGAAGUGGACGCAGUACUUUUAGCUCAUCCGGACAUUGCUCAGGCUGUUGCUUUUGGAGUUCCAGAUGAGAAAUAUGGGGAAGAGAUAAAUUGUGCUAUAAUUCCAAGGGAAGGAUCGGAGAUUGAUGAGGCAGAGGUGCUUGGCUACUGCAAGAAAAAUCUUGCAGGUUUCAAAGUCCCAAAGAAGGUUUUCAUUACUGAUUCUGUCCCAAAAACAGCUACUGGGAAAAUUCAGCGCAGGAUUGUAGCAGAGCAUUUUCUUGCUCAAAUCUCCACUGCUAAAGUUCCCAAGUUUGGAGCUUAAUCUCCCAUUUUUACCUCGCAUCAUCGGCUAUUGCCUGCCUAGACAAGAUUAUUAUUAUUUGAAAAAAAAAAAAAAGUUACUGUCACAGGCUCAUUCGCCCUGUAUAUUUUACACAAAUCAGCAGCAUAAUUUUUCGAGCUGAUUAUAUGUCAAAUGGAAAUGUUAGUAUAAUUGAUUUUUUUAAUGGAUUCAAAGUCAAAUUCUAUGGCUAAAAUUUUCUUUAUAA